CAUUCUCGAUCAUCUCUAGUCCUGAUUACUAUUGCUUCUGUUUUUGUCUAGUACUCUGCUGACUUACCUACCAUAUCAGUUUUUUCCGCGUGAAGCGGUAACACCUGACAAAAGUUCAGCCUUUCUGCUUUAAACAAGAAGUAAAAUUUAGAUAUAUUUCAUGUUCGAGCGCACCACAUCCGUAGUUCGAUUGAAUUGUAUUGUUGUCGUCGCUAGAACAUAUUAGAUGCCAUGAACGGGCAUAGUGAUACAGCGAAGCUCCACCAGUGAACGUAGCAUGGCCAAUAUUUACUGUUUACAUUUUUGCAGGUGCCUUGUUUGUCAUGUGUUGCGCUAAGCAACCCGUGAAAAGCAGCAUGCUCUUACUAUUGGUUUGGCUGCUGCUAUCAUAUUUCUUUGGCAAUAUUCAUUGCUCAACUGUCCCCAAGAACAGCACGGACAUGCUUUCACUGCUUGAUUUCAAGCAGGCCAUCACUAAUGAUCCGGGGAAAGUUUUGAGCAACUGGACUGCUAGCACUCCUUAUUGCCAGUGGACAGGCGUCAAAUGUAGCCGGACGCACACAGACCGUGUCGUCGUGCUGGACCUCGCCGGCCACAGUUUGACGGGCACGUUGACAGCUUCACUUGGGAACUUAACGUUCCUUAGGAUACUCAACCUGUCCGUGAAUCACUUCUCUGGUCACUUGCCACAUCUUAACCAUCUCCACCAAUUGGAGGUCCUUAAUCUGAGCAGUAACUCCCUACAAGGGGUAAUUCCAGAUACACUCACAAACUGUUCCAAUCUUAGAAAAUUAUUCCUUGCCUACAACUUUCUAGAAGGUGAAAUUCCACUGAAUGUUGGUCUCCUAUCAAAAUUAUCAACAUUGCAACUUACGAACAAUAGUCUGACCGGAGCCAUCCCACCAAGUCUCAAUAAUACUCUGCUAGAAAAAAUCGGCCUUGCAAAUAAUCGGCUCACAGGAAGCAUUCCAAGUGAGCUUGGAUAUUUGUCAAAUCUGUCAGUUCUGCUUCUCGGCGGCAAUAUGCUAUCAGGUGUAUUCCCAGCAUUCCUACUUAACAUGUCUACCCUAAUUGGGUUACAUUUAGGUAGGAAUUUGCUACACGGGGAGUUGCCAUCUAACAUCGGCAGCGUGUUCCCUAGUCUCCGUAAUCUUGUUCUAAGCAUCAACAAGUUUGAAGGCCAAAUCCCAGCUUCAAUAGGCAAUGUUCCAAAUCUUGAAGUGAUAGAUCUAUCAUCAAACAAUUUCACUGGUCAAGUUCCUAGUUCUUUUGGUAACCUUCUUCAGCUAAAUAAGCUAAUUCUAGAGGAUAACAUGCUUGAAGCACCAGACACCAAAAGCUGGGAAUUCUUAUAUGCCUUGAGAAACUGUAAUCAUUUGAAUGUGCUCUCACUAGCAGGAAAUCGGCUAACUGGAGCUAUUCCAGAUUAUAUUGGCAAGUUGCCCACUGGACUUGCAAAACUAUAUUUGGACGACAACCACCUAUCAGGGUUAGUGCCCUCAAGCAUAGGAAACCUGACUGGCUUGAUUUGGUUGGAUCUAGAUAACAACAAACUUACUGGUACAAUUGGAGAAUGGAUUGGGAUGCUAAAAAAACUACAAUAUCUAGAUCUUAGUGAGAACAGCCUCAAUGGGCCCAUCCCAUCCUCCAUUGGCAAUCUUACGCGGUUAGGGGUCCUAGAUCUAGGACAAAAUGAAUUCACUGGUACUAUACCUACCAGCCUGGCAUACCUUCAACAGCUCAUAGAUUUGGAUUUCUCCUACAAUAAAUUAGAAGGUAACCUACCUUCAGUGGUUUUUAGUAUCCCAACAUUGACCACAUUCGUGCUGUCGUACAAUAAAUUAGAGGGUCCAAUGCCUUCAGAAGUUGGUCAUCUUACACAACUCACUCUACUACUUCUUUCAUCCAACAAAAUCUUUGGUGAAAUUCCUGACACUUUGAGUCAAUGUCAAGAGUUGAAUAUCCUCGAACUGGACAAAAAUUGUCUCACAGGAAGCAUUCCGGUGUCUCUUGGUAACUUGAAGAGUUUGAGCGUGCUUAAUCUUUCCCACAAUAAUUUUUCGGGCUUGAUCCCAUCAGCUAUAGGUGACAUAAAAACUCUCACCUGCUUGGAUCUUUCUUAUAAUCGUCUACAAGGAGAAAUACCAUUCGGUGGAAUUUUUGCAAAUGCAACAGCUGUUUCGUUAAACGGCAAUUCGGGACUCUGCGGAGGAUCUUUGGAUCUGCGCAUGGCCCCAUGUGCUUCUGUUUCAUCUCAGAGAUUUGAAAGACAGUACUUUUUAAUCAAAAUAUUGAUCCCAAUAUUUGGUUUCAUGUCACUCAUACUAUUAAUCUAUUUUGUUCUCGUUGAGAAGAAGAUGUCAAGGCCGUAUUCAUUGCUGCCUUAUUUUGGAGAUAAAUUCCCUAAAUUUUCUUAUAUGGAUCUGGCUGAAGCCACAGGAAACUUCUCUAACUUGGUUGGGAGAGGAAGCUACGGAUCAGUGUACAGAGGGAAGUUGAUCCCUUCUAAACUGGAAGUGGCAGUAAAGGUUCUUGACCUUGACAUUCAUGGUGCAGAGAAAAGCUUCAUAUCAGAAUGCGAAGCAUUGAGGGGCAUUAAACAUCGAAAUCUUCUACCCAUAAUAACUGCAUGUUCGACUGUUGAUAUCACUGGCAGCUCUUUCAAAGCUCUAGUUUAUCCAUUCAUGCCUAAUGGGAAUUUGGACACAUGGUUGCAUCAUAAAGAAGGGAAUGCUUCAAAGUAUCUAAGUUUAAAUCAAAGAUUAAGCAUAGCUGUUAACAUCGCAGAUGCAUUGGAAUAUUUACAUAAUGACAAUGGAAGGACGAUUAUACAUUGCGACCUGAAGCCUAGUAAUAUUCUCCUGGAUGAUGAUAUGACUGCUCAUUUGGGGGAUUUCGGCAUUUCAAGUUUCCAUAUUGAUUCUGUGUCCACAUCAGUUGAGGAUCUAAAUAUGGCUAGUUCAAAAUGCAUUGCUUCCAUCGGCGUGAAGGGGACCAUCGGAUAUAUAGCUCCAGAAUAUGGUGGAGGUGGCCAUGUAUCAACAUAUGGGGAUGUUUAUAGUUUUGGGAUUGUACUUCUAGAAAUGUUAACCGGAAAAAGGCCUACAGAUCCUAUGUUCACGAAUGGGCUCAACAUUGUCAACUUCGUCGAGAGGAGCCUUCCAGAUCAGAUAUUCGAUAUUGUUGAUGCUCCAGUCCAGGGAGAAUGUGAGACCUUUGCUCAAAAAGGUGCCCUAGUAGAAAACAGAAUCUCACGUUGCUUGCUGACUCUGCUACAGUUAGCACUUUCUUGUACGUUCCAAUCGCCAAGAGAAAGAGCCAACAUGAGAGAAGUAGCCAGCAAACUUCGUUCGAUCAAGACGUCACAUGCUGGCGCGAAAUUUUUUUGAAGAUGCUGAACAGUGAUUACUGAAAUCAACACGUACGGGCAUGCCCCUCAAUAUUUUAAUGAGUAAAACCCUGUUUUGCUCUCCUACAGUUGUCUGGGAGAUUAAGAAGGAAUAAUUAUGUUACGACCAAAAUUGGCAUAACCAGGAAUCAUUCUGUUGAUACCAAAA